UCAGUUGAAUUUUGCGUGUGGCGCGAGAGAAACCGCGGAACGAGCAGUGAAGUGAAAUUAAUUUUGUGUCUUUGUGGAUUUAGUGAAGAGCCAAAAUGGAUUAUUUGCUGAAUAAAUUUGCAUCUGGGCCUAAGAAGCUGAAGAUUGCCCUAAUUGGCCAAAGUAACUUUGCUGCUGAUGUCCUGGAAUUGCUCCUGAGCGAUGGACAUGAAGUUGUUGGGGUCUUCACAAUUCCCGACAAAGGUUCCCGCGAAGAUAUUCUCGCGGUCACAGCUAAGAAUCAUGAAAUUCCCGUCUUCAAAUUCCCCGUUUGGCGCAAGAAGGGCGUUGCAAUACCAGAAGUUCUGGAAAAGUACAAAUCCGUUGGGGCAAAUUUGAAUGUUCUUCCCUUCUGCUCUCAAUUCAUCCCCAUGGAGGUGAUUGAUGGAGCUGCCCUCGGAAGUAUUUGCUACCAUCCUUCAAUCCUUCCCCGACAUAGAGGUGCCAGUGCUAUUUCCUGGACUCUCAUUGAGGGAGAUUCAAUUGGAGGUUUCUCCAUCUUCUGGGCUGACGAUGGACUCGAUACUGGACCAAUUCUUCUGCAGAAGGAAGUGGAAGUUGAGGAUACGGACACGUUGGAUACGAUCUACAAGAGAUUCCUCUAUCCAGAAGGAAUUUCCUCAAUGGGUGAAGCAGUUAGGCUGGUUGCUGCAGGAACAGCUCCGAAAAUAAAGCAAACUGAGGUGGGAGCAACGUAUGAUCCACCCAUGUUCAAGGAAGAGAAUCAAAUUAUUAAUCUCAAUCAACCAGCAAAAAGAAUCUUCAACUUUAUUCGUGGUUUGGACUCCGUACCAGGAGCCAUUGCUUAUGCCUACGAUGAGAAUGAUGAAGAGGUCAUGAUUAGGCUCUUUGGAGCACAGAUGUUUGAUGAUGCUGUACCCGAAGGGAAACCACUGAAAUUGAAGGGAUUGAGUAAGCCAGCAUUGGUUACGGAUAAAGGACUCCUAAUUACUGGGACAGAUGGAAAAAUUUGCAAUGUUCAGAGAGUUAAGAAGGGAAGUAAGAUGAUUUCAUCUUCAAAGUGGUUUGAUCAGUCUUCGGGUCAAGUUACAUUGGAACUAACUGAUGCAGAGAAGGCCAUUGAAACUAGCUUGAAGGGAAUUUGGGAAUCAAUUCUCAAAGUGGACGUUACAGAAGAUACAGACUUCUUUGCCUGUGGCGCUGGAUCAAUGGAUGUUGUACGGCUAAUUGAGGAAGUCAAGGAUGCUUAUGAUGUGAGUCUUGAGAAUGAAACUCUCUUCAUGGCUCCAACAUUCCAAGAAUUCUUCAUCCAAGUCAUCCUGGCGUCCCGUCAAGGUGGUUCAGCUGGAGAAGUCAACGUUGAGUACGAAGGUUUCGUCCUUAAGGCGAACAAACGAGAAAUUUCCGUUCCAACGCAACUCUUCAUCAACGGAAAGUUCGUUGAUGCUGAAAAUGGAAAAACUCUGGACAUUAUUAACCCAACGACGGAAGAAGUUCUGUGCAAAGUAGCUCUAGCUAGUAGGAAUGAUGUUGAUACGGCAGUUAAGGCUGCUCAGGAGGCUUUCUACGGAUCAUGGUCGCAGGUUUCGGCACGUCAACGUGGUCAAUUGAUGUUCAAACUUGCAGAUUUGAUGGAGCAACAUAAAGAAGAGCUAGCAACGAUUGAAGCUGUUGACUCUGGAGCAGUUUACACGUUGGCACUGAAGACUCACGUUGGGAUGUCAAUUGAUGUGUGGCGCUACUUUGCCGGGUGGACGGAUAAAAUUGAAGGAUCUACAAUCCCAGUUAACCCCGCGAGACCUAAUAAUGUUUUGACAUUCACAAAGCGUGAGCCAAUUGGUGUUUGUGGCCUUAUCACCCCAUGGAAUUAUCCCCUGAUGAUGUUGUCGUGGAAGAUGGCUGCCUGCAUUGCUGCUGGGAAUACUGUUGUCAUUAAACCAGCACAAGCCUGCCCACUGACGGCUCUCAAAUUUGCCGAACUUGCCGUGAAAGCUGGAUUCCCACCAGGAGUUAUUAACAUCACAGCAGGAACGGGAUCGGUUACAGGUCAAGCAAUUGCUGAUCAUCCCCUCGUAAGGAAGCUUGGCUUCACCGGAAGUACACCAAUUGGGAAGAAAAUCAUGACGUCGUGCGCUGAGUCAAAUAUCAAGAAAUGUUCUCUUGAAUUGGGCGGGAAGAGUCCUCUCGUGAUCUUCUCUGAUUGUGAUCUCGAUAAAGCUGUGAGACUUGGAAUGUCUGCAGUCUUCUUCAACAAAGGCGAGAAUUGCAUAGCAGCUGGAAGGAUUUUUGUUGAGGAGAAGAUUCACGAUGAAUUCGUUCGAAGGGUUCUCAAGGAUCUCAAGACAAUGACAAUUGGGGAUCCACUCAAUCGUUCAACAGCUCAUGGGCCACAAAAUCACCGGGCACACAUGGAGAAGCUCGUUGAGUACUGCGAGAUUGGUGUUAAGGAGGGAGCUAAACUUGUGGCAGGUGGGAAGAGAGUGCCCGGAAUGAAGGGAUUCUUCUUCCAACCAACAGUCUUUACGGAAGUUGAGGAUCACAUGUUUAUUGCUCAGGAGGAGAGUUUCGGACCUGUUAUGGUUAUCUCUAAAUUCAGUGGAAACAAUGUUGAGGCAAUUGUGAAGAGGGCCAAUAGGACAGAGUAUGGCCUGGCUAGUGGUAUCUUCACAAAGGACAUCAGCAAGGCGCUCCUCUUUGCCGAGCAAAUUGAAGCUGGAACUGUUUUUGUCAAUACUUACAACAAGACUGACGUUGCUGCUCCUUUCGGAGGCUUCAAGCAGAGUGGCUUUGGCAAGGAUCUUGGCAGGGAAGCCCUCAAUGAGUAUCUUAAAACAAAAUGCGUCACAAUUGAAUUCUAAAAAGGCAAAUCAACGGAAAAGGAAACAUCAUUGUUUAAUUGAUUUAAUAAAUACAGAGAAUUUUUACAUAAAAAGCAAAA